GCCACCCGCCCACGUGCUGGGGGCGGGGUCCCGGCAGCCCGCGUCUCGGCGCCUCCAGGAGGGUCCUGUCCAGCCACCUAGCAGGAGUGGGGGGAUAGGGUGCUUGGGUACCUCUGCAGGAAGCACCGCAGGAGCCCGACGCCAUGUUCCCGGAACCCCCGACCCCGGGGUCUCCAGCGCCUGAGGCACCUCCAGACUCGAGCCGCAUCAGGCCGGGCGCAGUGCCUGCCUGGGUCCUGGCCACCAUCGUGCUGGGCUCAGGCCUCCUGGUCUUCAGCAGCUGUUUCUGUCUCUACCGGAAGCGCUGUCGGAGACGGAUGGGCAAGAAGAGUCAGGCCCAAGCCCAAGUCCAUCUUCAGGAAGUGAAGGAGCUGGGCCGGAGUUACAUAGAUAAGGUUCAGCCUGAAAUAGAGGAGCUGGACCCCUCACCUUCCAUGCCAGGACAGCAGGUUUCAGACAAGCACCAGCUAGGACGGUUGCAGUAUUCGCUGGAUUAUGACUUCCAGACUGGUCAGCUCCUGGUGGGCAUCUUGCAAGCUGAAGGACUGGCAGCGUUGGACCUAGGAGGUUCCUCGGACCCCUAUGUAAGUGUCUAUCUGCUGCCAGACAAGCGGAGGCGACACGAGACCAAGGUGCAUCGGCAGACCCUGAAUCCACACUUUGGGGAGACCUUUGCCUUCAAGGUCCCAUACGUGGAACUGGGGGGCAGAGUGCUGGUCAUGGCGGUGUAUGACUUCGAUCGCUUCUCCCGCAACGAUGCCAUCGGGGAGGUGCGGGUGCCCAUGAGUUCCGUGAACCUGGGGCGGCCGGUGCAGGCCUGGAGAGAGCUGCAGGUAGCUCCCAAAGAGGAGCAGGAGAAACUGGGGGACAUCUGCUUCUCUCUCCGCUAUGUCCCCACGGCCGGAAAGCUCACCGUCAUUGUCCUGGAAGCUAAAAACCUGAAGAAGAUGGAUGUUGGGGGACUCUCAGAUCCCUAUGUUAAAGUGCACCUGCUUCAGGGAGGCAAGAAGGUUCGGAAGAAGAAAACCACCAUUAAGAAGAACACCCUGAACCCCUAUUACAACGAAGCCUUCAGCUUUGAGGUGCCCUGUGACCAAGUGCAGAAAGUCCAGGUGGAGCUGACCGUAUUGGACUAUGACAAGCUGGGCAAGAAUGAGGCCAUCGGGAGAGUGGCGGUGGGCGCAGCCGUCGGUGGGGCCGGCCUUCGGCACUGGGCUGACAUGUUGGCCAACCCCAGGCGGCCCAUUGCCCAGUGGCACUCGCUGCGGCCCCCUGACCGAGCCAGGCCAGUGCCCGCAUCCUGAUCCCCAUCAGGCAAGCACCCGACCCCCGAUCCCUUGCUCCCAGCCCCUUACACGUCUCCCCACAUGCCUCUCCCUACUCCCCAAAUGUUGCAUCCAUUCCUACCUCCACCUUGGAAAUGUUUCUAACGUCUAGCACCAGUCCCAUACCCAGAAACCACAGUGAUCUUGUGGGGAGGUGGUUAAGUCUGGCAUCCCCUGCCCCAGGGUCCUACCCUCUGCUUUGACAAUCAGCUGUGAGGCCUAUUA